UUACUAUAAAAAGGUUUUGUUGACAGACAUUUUUGCCAACUCUCCCCUGUUUUUGCUCUUCCACCUCUCCCCAGUUUCACAUUUUCUCUUUUUAGCGCAGUUUUGUUCAAUACUCAUUUGAUAUUUGAUAUUCAAUAAUAAAAUAAACACAAGAAAUAUAUUUAAGGGAAGAAAUGGGGAAAAAGAAAGCAACCCAGAUGAUAUUUUUUGUAAUAUUCAUGAUAUGGGCAAGCUUCAUUGGAGCAAAUGAAGCAACAUCAUUGAAAUAUAAAAACCCAAGAUUGCCUGUAAAUGCGAGAGUAAAAGACUUAUUAUCUCAGAUGACUUUGGAUGAAAAGAUUGGUCAAAUGGUUCAGAUUGAACGCCAAGUUGCUUCUGCUGAUGUUAUGAAAAACUAUUUCAUUGGGAGUGUACUGAGUGGAGGUGGGAGUGUACCAAGUCCAAAGGCCUCAGCUGAAGCAUGGGUUAAUAUGGUGAAUGAAUUUCAGAAUGGUGCUCUAUCAACCCGUCUGGGUAUACCCAUGAUUUACGGUAUUGAUGCUGUUCAUGGCCACAACAAUGUCUACAAUGCCACCAUUUUCCCUCACAAUGUGGGUCUUGGUGUCACAAGGGAUCCUGAACUUAUUAAGCGAAUUGGAGCUGCCACUGCUCUUGAAGUUAGAGCAACCGGGAUACCUUAUGCGUUCGCUCCAUGUAUCGCAGUCUGUAGGGACCCGAGAUGGGGACGUUGCUACGAGAGCUACAGCGAAGACCAUCGGAUUGUUCAAAUGAUGACUGAAAUCAUUCCAGGUUUACAAGGAGAUGUUCCUGCUAAUCAAGCAGGUUUUCCUUAUGUUAAUGGAAAGACAAAAGUAGCGGGUUGUGCCAAGCAUUUCGUGGGUGACGGUGGCACACAUAAUGGGAUAAAUGAGAACAACACUGUGAUCCCCCUUGAGGGACUUCUAGAUAUCCAUAUGCCAGCAUACCUUGACUCCAUUAGGAAAGGUGUUGCAACAGUUAUGGUUUCUUACUCUAGCUGGAAUGGUGUUAAGAUGCACGCUAAUCACAACCUUGUUACUGGUUUCCUCAAGAAAAAACUUAAGUUCCGGGGCUUUGUGAUUUCAGAUUGGGAAGGAAUUGACAGAAUCACCUUUCCUCCUCAUGCUAACUAUUCUUACUCUGUUCAAGCUGGAGUUAAAGCCGGCAUUGAUAUGGUGAUGGUUCCAAUGAACUUCAACGAAUUCAUUGAUGAUCUUAAACAACAGGUGAACAACAACAUUAUCCCAAUGAAAAGGAUUGACGAUGCUGUAAGGAGGAUCUUAAGGGUGAAAUUUAUCAUGGGUUUGUUCGAGAACCCAUUGGCUGACCUUACUCUAGUCAAUCAACUUGGCAACCAGAAGCACAGGGACUUAGCACGAGAAGCUGUCCGAAAAUCUCUUGUUCUUUUGAAGAAUGGAAAAUCGGCUUCCAAACCUUUACUUCCACUACCGAAGAAGGCACCCAAAAUACUAGUGGCUGGAUCCCAUGCUGAUAACUUGGGCAACCAAUGUGGUGGAUGGACUAUAGAGUGGCAAGGUGCUACCGGCAAUGACCUUACCAGGGUAGGUACGACAAUAUUGACUGCGGUGAAGAGCACAGUUGAUCCAAAGACCCAAGUAGUCUUCAACGAGAACCCAGACCCGAACUUUGUUAAAUCUGGUGGAUUCUCCUAUGCAAUUGUAGUUGUUGGUGAGCCGCCUUAUGCUGAAACAAAAGGCGAUAGCAUGAACUUAACAAUUCCCGAACCAGGGCCAAGCACGAUCAAGAAUGUUUGUGGGUCGGUUAAAUGUGUGGUGGUGAUCAUUUCAGGCAGGCCGGUUGUUAUACAACCUUACUUGAAAACCAUGGAUGCCCUUGUCGCUGCAUGGCUUCCAGGAACAGAAGGUCAAGGUGUUACCGAUCUGUUGUUUGGUGACUAUGGAUUUACUGGCAAGUUAGCGCGAACAUGGUUUAAAUCGGUUGAUCAAUUACCAAUGAAUGUGGGUGACAAGCAUUACGAUCCAUUGUUUCCAUUUGGGUUCGGGCUUACAACAAAUUCUACCAAAGGAUACUAGGAUUAAGUACUAACAUUUAUUAGUAGUAUCAAGAGAAUUCAAAGCCUGCAUUCUAUUUUGCCUUGCAACAGGUUUUAUUUGUCCAGAAAUCUUGCAAUCGGAUUAAACAUUACAUAUAGUAUUAUGUAUUUAAAUUUAUUUAUUUAUUUUUAUUAUUAACAAUAUUGAUGUCCCAAAUUUUAAAAUUAUUAAUUUGAAUAUUGAAUGAAAAAAUGAAAUGUUAUAUAUAGUACUAUUACUCUCA